UCUCAUGGGAAGAAAAAGGCAUAUAACAUUGAGCAGCAGAGUGUGAAAAGUGGAAAGCAUGUCAAAGGCAUGGCAGAGGGAGGGCCCUGACUGUGGAAUGCCCAGCGAAUCAUGUGACUGUUUACAUCUGAGAGGAAACCGAAGAGAGAGGCACUAGUGUGUGAGCCGCUCAGGAGAAACGGCCUGUGCACGCCCACAUACGUACUCACACGCAGACAUGUAGGCUCUCCGAGCACCCCACACACACUCAUACACACACACCCACACACACACACACAGGAAACAGAAACAUAAGGAUGGAUCAGCGAUUAGGAGCUGGUGUGUAUCCUGACAGUCCUCCCAGCAGACCCAGAGAUGUGCUGGUCAAAUCAGCCUCAGCAUACGCAGAUAUCCACUGGGAACAGCCUCAUCAGCCUGAAAUAACAUAUGAUGACCCAUUGCGAUGCCCACGGAGGAAUAUCCUCCCUGUGGCCAGCUAUGCCCCUCAUCCUGAUUAUGUGCAAGGGGACGAUGAUCUCAUCAAGCCAAAAAAGCUGGUUAAUCCAGUCAAAGCUUCUAAAAGCCACCAGGAGCUUCACAGAGAGCUGCUUAUGAACCAUAAACGGGGUGUGGAGAAUAAACCAGAGCUCCAGCGUGUAUUGGAGCAAAGGAAGAGAGAUCAGAUGAUCAAACAGAGAAAGCAAGAGGAGGAGGCUCGGAAGAAGGUCUCACCUCUGGAGCAAGAGCUUCUCAAGAGGCACAAACAACUGGAGGAGUUGGAGCAGGAGCAGGAACGGCAGGAGGAGUGCUCUCGCAGUGCUCCUGAGUUCAUCAAGGUCAAGGAGAACCUGCGCAGAACGUCGCUCAUGAGCACUGGAGAGAAAGAGGUGUAGAGGAGAAGAUCAGGAUAAAUCUGUGUGCUUCUUUCUCACUCAUUCUGUCUUUCUCACUUUUCUGUCUUACACAAAUAUAUGCUCCUGCUGGACAAAACUUGUGUCUUCAUAAAUCAACAUGGAAGACAGAAGAUGGAGUUCCAGAGCUGAAAAAGGGACAUCAGUUGAGCUUGUCUUGAUGAAUUCAGGGAUUUUCUGCAAUUCUGGAGCAUUUGUGCUAGUUGGAGAUGAACAUUCUGAUGAAGUUAUGUUUCUCUGCAGAAGAACCAGAGCAUCUUUUAUUAACUUCUAACUUCAUACAGUGUACAAUCAGUAUUAAUGCAUAUCACUGGAUUCCCAACUGCCAAGUGCACUGCACAUCCCAGACAUUUAAGGAAUCAAUAUCAGAAACGCAAUGUUUUUUGGGGUUUUUUCCUGAUGUAUAACAAUCAGCACAAGUCACUUUUGUUCAUAAAUGGAAUGAAUAACAUUUCUCACUUCUGAUGUGAAUAUAUUUCCAAGGCUGCAUGUGUUUGUGCGAGAUGUUUACAAAAAACAGACUGUAUCCUAAUUACUGUGAUGGCACAACGAAUCAGUGACGGCUGACCUGCCUACCUGGAGGAGGAGUAAUGCUUUGUUUUGCAGGGGGGGGAGUAAAAAAGGUCUUUUUUUUCAAACUGCUUGUCUAACAACCUUUGGAGAAGCUGCGGAAUGGUUUCACAUGGCCGACAUUUUCACUGUUGAUCUGCUGCUCAAACUCUAAACCUGUCUAAGCGCUGACCAUUACCGUUUACAAUAAAAAAUUUUGCCCUUUCUGUCUUUCAGCCAAAAACCAAAUGUGUUUUUUGACCAUUUUCCAACGUAUGCUUGUCAGAGAGUUCAAAACUUUCUGUAAUAACAGAGUCAUACUUUUGUUUGGCUUUUGCAUACAACUCAUUCUUUUAUACAACAUGAAACUCCUCCUCAAAACACAUGAAGGUUGGCGGGUCCGUCGUGGUCUUGGAUUUAACCCAGGAUUUAUUUUUUGGGGGACAGCUGUGCUUGUGAUGCUUAAAUGUCUCUGCUCUUUUUCCGUGCCUUUGUGAGAGCUACAGAACAGACAGCGCAGGCAGAGCGAGUGACUGUUUGCAUUUUAAUCAUUAUAUCACUCUAUGUACCCUGCAUUAUCAUAGUUAAGCAUGGCCUAUGUGUGUGCGUAAGAGAGAAAGUGUGUGUGUGUGUGUAUGUGUGUGCACAAAAACUAUCUAUUAAAAUCACAUAAUAGGAUAAUCAGCAAGUAAAUACACACCAUAGACGAAACUGAACAUAACUUUCCAUUUUACAUAUAUGGAAAAUAUUCAGUAUCAAGCUCUUGUUUCUUUUUUCCUGAUAUAUUAGUCACACUUGAGAUUAUUUAGAAAAGAUACAGAAAUUAUAUUUGGAUAUAUAUUUUAUUUUUUACUAAUUUCUAAAAUUACAGAUGUGUAACCACCAAUAUUAAAAUCAAGUUUUUGUUAUAAUUAUUACGCUUUUAUGUUGUAAAACAUGGCUUCAUAAAACACCAAACACUGACUUUUUCCAUUCUGUCAUUUCAUUACAUUUUAAAAAUUAAAUCUGACAUUUUGAUUGUUAUCAACAAAUGAUGGCACAUAGACUAACACACAAUCCUGUAAUAUAAUGUCAAAAAUGUUAUUACUUUAUAUAAAAUGAAAUAAAAUAAAAGUAAUAAUAUAA